AUGACUAAUGAAGGCAAUGAUGAUGAUACGGUGCCGAAUGUCACCGAACAGAUGAAAGAAAUGCCCGGUGUAACCGGGGGCGAAUUAGCAUCUCAAUUAACUAAAGAGAUGGAAGCUAAAAUUUCUGAGGAAGUCGGAAAGGCAAUAGAAGCCAGUCUACCGCAGUUCGUCGAGAGACUACAACCCACAAUUUUGCUAGCAGUAGAAGAUAUGAUAACUGAAUUAAAAGAUAGUCUCUCACAAGAAAAAGAUGACGGGAGUGAGUCGGAUGUGGACCCAAGACCCGUAAAGAAAUCAAAGCUUGAUACCCCAAAAGAGAAGGUAAGGUCUUCCCACAUGACAACCGCAGAGGCUAAAGCUGAACCUGACGUCAUUUCAGGCGAGGAAUCCGGAUCGUCGAGUGGACAAGCCGGAGAAGAUACGUGUUUGAAGGGUGCGCUUUAAAGGUGAUGUUCGUUAGCUACAGAUGCCGAUCAAGCGUGAAAUUAAGAACCGAACACUAUUUUUGAAGACUUCCGCGCUAAUCUAUUCUAGCUAGACUAAGUUGUUUUUGAAAAAUUUAUUAG